AUAAAAUUAUGAGAAUUCCAAAUUAAGACUAAAAAGACCCAACCAUAAGCCUGUGUAGGCCCGAAAGGCUUAACGGGCCAGCGUAGAACUGAAGAGGCAUCUUUGUUCCUAGUGCUGUCCUUGACUGUUGUGUAGUGGGUUUCCGUCUUUGCAGCUCAGAUCGCAGCAAAAGCUUACUCAGCUCCGUCAAUGGCUCCAGUUGCUCCUCGUUCCGGCGACGCCAUCUUCGCUAACAUCGAGCGUGUUAAUGCGGAGCUUUUUACUCUAACGUAUGGCGCGAUUGUGCGUCAAUUGCUCACGGAUCUGGAAGAGGUUGAAGAGGUGAACAAGCAGCUUGAACAAAUGGGUUAUAACAUUGGAAUCCGUUUGAUUGACGAAUUUUUAGCAAAAUCCAAUGUCUCAAGGUGCGUUGAUUUCAGAGAGACUGCUGAUGUAAUCGCAAAGGUUGGUUUUAAGAUGUUCCUUGGUGUUACUGCAUCUGUGAGCAACUGGGAUGCUGAAGGUACAUGUUGUAGUAUCAUUUUGGAGGAUAAUCCUUUGGUAGACUUUGUUGAGCUUCCUGACACCUGUCAAGGUCUUUACUAUUGCAACAUGUUAAGUGGUGUCAUUAGAGGAGCCUUAGAGAUGGUGUCAAUGAAGACUGAGGUCACUUGGAUCCGUGAUGUGCUUCGAGGUGAUGAUGUGUUUGAGUUGCAGGUAAAACUUCUCAAGCAGGUCCCCGAGGAGUAUCCAUACAAGGAUGAUGAGUGACAUUUGUUCUGUAAUGUUGUAUACUCAAGGUUUUUGUUUCAUAUUUUCCCAAGUUAGAUUAUCAUCUAUCUAUCCACCUAAUGCUGUGUGUAUUAUUGUAUUUUGAUGAAACUUUACAAAUACAAUAGAAAAUAUGACUGAUUAGAUUAACUGAAAUUGACAUUGACAGAGUACUGCAAUCUAUCCUUAAUUACUUA